AGGUGCCACCAGGACCCGCAAAAGUUGGAGGUUGCAGUGAAAAUUCCCCAGUCGUAGCAAAGAAUUAUGACGAGAACCUUGCUUUACUUUUUCCUUCUUGGAGCCGUACUCCUUUCUGCGUCGGACGCCUUCGUUGCACCACCCGUCCACAGCAGCAGGGCAUCAAGGGUUCAGCUCGUUCGCCAGCAGGCAGUAGUGGAAGCGUCCUCCCCCGAUGACUUCGAUAAGCUGGUAACGGGCGCUGGUGAAAAGCUCCUGAUCGUCGAUUACUCCACGACAUGGUGCGGACCCUGCAAGAUGAUGGCUCCGAAAUUUGAUGAGAUGUCCUCGCGCUUUGAUGCAGUUUUCGUGAAGGUAAUUGGUGACUCCACACCUGAAGCGGGACAGCUCCUCAAACGCGAGGGCGUGCGAUCGGUGCCGGCCUUUCACUUCUGGAAGAACGGAAAGCGUGUGGACUCCAUUUCUGGUGCGGACCCAGAACGGCUCGAGGACGUGAUCUCCCAAAAUAUAUAAAUUCGGCGUGGAAGGGAGCGAACUAGUAUAAAGGCCAUCGUGCCGUCAGCUAUUGAUGUUGUUUUGCCUUGCAUAGAUUUUGACCAGGAGUCAGGGAGAAAAUCGAUAUGGAUUGCGCGAGCACGUGCGUGUCGAAUAAUCUAUAAGAGCAGUCUACCGGAUGCAUCUUGAGGAUGUAGUCUACGACAGAUUAAAGUAGAGACGGCUAUCGCACCAUUCAAUAUGAAUCAUGAAUAGAAAUGUGAGCACACAAAGUCUCUCUCCGC